CGCAUCCGGUCGGUACAGUUUGACUUGAUCAUGAGGUGUGAUCUCACUGAACGGUGCAUAACAUUUUGACAAGUCAAAGUGAAAAUGUGUGAGACCGAAAGAUUAAUCGAUCUUGUGAAAAAUUAUCCAAUCUUGUAUAAUAUGAAGAACAAAUAUUACAAGGAUAUUAAUAAGAAAGCAACGGUGUGGAAAGAAAUAGCAAUUCAAUUGGACUUGGAAGAUGGAACAGUAGCAAAAAAUAAAUGGAGGCACCUUCGUGACUGUUAUGGAAAAUAUUUACGAUCACAAUCAGAUGCUAUGGGCCAGAGUAACAAAAAAUACAGAAGAUGGACUUGGGCUAAUCAAAUGGAUUUUUUAAAACCAUACGUAACCACUAGACAAAUCGAUUCAAUUCAUGUAGGAAGUCACUCAGAUAGUGAUACAGAUACAAAGAUCAAAAGUGAACCUGCUGCCCACAAAGAUAUGGUGCAAUAUUUUAAUGACUCUCAUCAUAACGAAGAAACGUCAGUUCCUAGGCAUUGCUCGAUGCAACCGACUUUAAAUCUAAAUAUGCCCGAAGAGACAAUAGAAUAUUUACAAACGACAAAAGUACAAAAAUGUAUGGAUGCAAUGGAUUUGUUAUUCUUAAGUUAUGCGCAAACAUUGAAGACUCUUUCUCCUCAGAGACAAAUAGCAAUCAAAUUACAAAUUGCACAAAUUAUAAAUAAUGCAGAAAUAGCACAACUUGAGGAACGCGAUAGAUUACGUUAUCCAACAUCGUCACCAUCACCUACAUAAUAUUUGUUAUAUACAUAUAUAUAUAUAUAUAUAUUUAAGUUAAAACAUAUAUAUUUUUUAUAAACGAUCAG